CUCUGUUGCUCAUUGCGCCAUAGUCCACUAAGCGGCGCUCUGUUCAUGGACACCAGUAUACCUUAAACACGAAGAAGAGUCUGCGCUGGAAGUGUCAUUAACCUGACCAUGCGGGGACCAGUGCGCUGGGUUUUUUGGGAUAUAAAGGACACCCUUCUGAAGGUGCGUCACUCCGUGGGAGAGCAGUACGGUCAUGAGGCCAAGCGUGUUGGACUGAAGUUACCAGCCAUGCAGUUAGAGACCGCAUUCAAGGAAGCUUACCGUCAACACUCACGUCUCUACCCUAACUAUGGCAUUGCUCAGGGUAUGAAUGGCCAGCUGUGGUGGACAAGUUUGGUGAAGAGUACCUUCUCCCAGUGUGGGGUGCAGGAUCCUGAUUUGCUUGACACACUUGCUAAGAAUCUUUACCAUAAUUUCACUGGUCCAGAGAACUGGGAGGUGUUCCCAGACUCAAAUUCUACCCUAAAAUCCUGCACAGCACUGGGACUGAAGCAGGGGGUGGUGUCUAAUUUUGACAGGCGCCUAGAAGGAAUCCUUCAAGGAUGUGGCCUCCGAACCCAUUUCUCAUUUCUGCUGACUUCAGAAGAUGCUGCUGCAGCCAAACCGGACCCAGACAUUUUUGUCCAAGCCCUGAAAAAGUCUGGGGUACCAGCCAAACUUGUAGUCCAUGUUGGGGACCACUACAUAAACGACUACCUCACCUCUCGAUCAUUGGGUAUUCGAGGUUAUCUGCUAGAUAGGCAUGGACUCCAGAAACAUCUGGAUGUUCCCCCACAGCAUCGACUACAGAGCCUAGAUGAGCUACCAGCCCGACUAUUACAGGAAACUGAUUAAAACAGUUUACAUAGUUGAAUAACUGUUGGUAUUUCUUGGAUCGUUUAAUAAUAUAAAUCGUGUUCAAGCACCUUACUUUAAAUACCGUUUCCAAAAUGUCUUCUGAUCAAGUCAGUUAUUUGUGUAGAUACACUACCUGCAGACCCCUUGCUCUGUACUGUACUUGUAUUAUCACAUAUUUGAUUAUCAGAAAUAAAGCAAAUGUAUAUGCAAUAAUUGUGUA